AUGGCGUGCCCGAAGAUCAAACUCAACAACGGCGUAGAGAUCCCCGUUUUCGGUUUAGGGACAUGGCAGUCUAAGCCCCAUGAAGUCGCCAACGCGGUCGAAUAUGCUCUCAAGGAAGUCGGAUACCGUCACCUCGAUUGCGCGUGGGCCUACGGUAACGAGAAGGAAGUGGGCGAGGGCAUCGUCAAGUCUGGCGUGCCACGCUCCGAGAUCUUCAUCACCAGCAAGCUGUGGUGCACGCACCACCACCGUGUGGAGGCAGCGCUCGACGAGACGCUGGCGAACCUCGGGACGGACUACCUGGACUUGUACUUGAUACAUUGGCCAAUCCACCUGAACCCGAACGGGAACGAUCCCAAGUUCCCUACGCGCCCCGAUGGGACGCGUGAUGUGCUGACGGACUGGAAGCUCAAGGAUACGUGGUCGCAAAUGGAGGCCGUCCUAAAGAAGGGCAAAGUCAAGGCCAUCGGUGUAUCAAACUGUUCUGAGAAGGUCCUCGAGGAGCAGCUUCUUCCGUUCGCCGAGGUCGUUCCCGCAGUGGACCAGCUCGAGAUCCACCUCUAUAACCCCCAACACAAGCUUGUGGAGUACCUCAGUUCCAAGGGCAUCGUCACUCAGGCGUAUUCCCCACUCGGCUCCACGUCCUCCCCCUUGCUGGCCGACGAGACCGCUGCCGAGCUCGCAAAGAAGUACGAACUGCAGCCGGCCGACAUCCUCCUCGGGUAUCUCGUCGCGAAAAAUAUCGUGACACUCUCCAAGUCCGUCACCCCCGCGCGCAUCAAGGCGAACUACGUGGGCGCGCUCGCCGCGGCGGCGAAGCUGACCAAGGAGGACAUCGCGAAGCUGGACGGUGUCGCUGCCUCUGGAAAGCAGAAGCGGCUCAUCUCACCACCUUGGGGUGUGGAGCUCGGAUUCGACAACUGGCCCUGA